CUCGUUCGGAGCAAACCGAGGCCGGUGGAGGAAAGCCAUGAAGGCCUCCGUGCCCCUUCUUGCAGUCAUCGUCCUCGCCCUCGCUCUCGCUCUCCUUCUAAUCUCCUCCCGAUUCAACCCUUCCCCCUCUCCAAAAUCCCUCCUUUCCUCGAGCCCUACGUUCCAUUCCGCCCCCCGCCUCAAGGUCUUCGUCGCCGACCUUCCCCGCUCCCUCAACUACGGCCUCCUCGACGAGUACUGGGCGCUCUCUACCCCAGACUCCCGGAUCGGCGUCGACCCCGACGCCGGUCUCCGGCCUGCCGUCGCCGCUGCGGCGCCCUGGAAGCCCUACCCGGAGAAUCCUCUCAUCAAGCAGUACAGCGCUGAGUACUGGCUGCUGGGGGACCUCGAGACGCCCAGCGGGCGGAGGGGGAGCUCGUUCGCCGAGAGGGUGUACGACCUGGACCGCGCCGACGUGGUGUUCGUGCCGUUCUUUGCCACGCUGAGCGCGGAGAUGGAGCUCGGGUGGGGGAGGAAAGGCGGGUUCUUGAAAAAGGAGGGGAACGAGGAUUACAGGCGGCAGAGGGAGGCGGUGGAUCGGAUCAGGGAAUCGGAGGCGUGGAGGAGAUCCGGCGGGCGGGAUCACGUGUUCGUCUUGACUGAUCCGGUAGCUACUUGGCACGUGAGAAGCGAGAUAGCUCCUGCUAUUCUUCUAGUGGUUGAUUUUGGUGGUUGGUACAAGAUUGACUCUAAAGAAUCUGCCAACUCUUCAAAUAUGAUACAUCACACUCAGGUUUCAUUGCUCAAAGACGUGAUUGUGCCUUACACCCAUCUGCUACCUAGAUUGCGAUUGUCAGAGAAUCGGCAUAGGCGUAACCUUCUCUACUUCAAAGGGGCUAAACAUAGGCACCGGGGAGGGUUGAUCCGUGAAAAAUUAUGGGAUUUGUUGGUUAAUGAGCCUGGUGUUAUCAUGGAAGAAGGUUUUCCUAAUGCCACCGGUCGUGAGCAGUCGAUUAAAGGAAUGCGUUCCUCAGAAUUUUGUUUGCAUCCCGCAGGAGAUACCCCCACCUCAUGUCGCCUCUUUGAUGCCAUUCUUAGUCUUUGUAUACCAGUCAUCGUCAGUGAUGAAAUCGAGCUCCCAUUUGAAGGAAUGAUAGACUACUCAGAUUUCUCAGUUUUUGUGCCUGUCAGCAAAGCAUUGCAACCGAAGUGGCUAGUAAAUUACUUGAGGAGUAUUUCUGAACAGCGUAAACGAAGAUAUCGCCUGAAUAUGGCACAAGUUCAGCCUGUUUUUGAGUAUGAUAACGGCAAUCCUGGUGGCAUAGGACCUGUUCCUCCUGUUGGUGCGGUGAACCACAUUUGGAGAAAGAUCUAUCAGAAGGUACCGAUAAUUAGGGAAGCAAUAAUCCGGGAAAAGCGAAAACCCGAAGGUGUUUCAAUCCCACUGCGCUGUCACUGCACUUGAUCAGCUGUCUUGCUCCGAGUGUUUGGUUACUGAGCCAUCUAACCAAACGAUGAUCUAUUCAUUCUCUUGUAACAUGUUAAUUACAUGUAAAGUCUUUUUUUCAGCUGCUCUAAGAUCGUCACAAAUAUGCAGAAACUGGAAAUGAUUGAUAGUAGUUCUAUUCUAUUCUUAUGCUACUUCCCGGAUCUCA